GAAAAUAAAAAUAAGAGUCAUUUUUCGAAUACAAGAAAAAUGAAUGAUAUUAAAACGAAAACUCUUUCGAUUUCUUCGAAAACAAAAGACCGAAUAAUUUCAAUUGUCUAUGGUAACUGUAUUGGAGAUGCUUUAGGUUUACUUACAGAAUUUCUGAAUAAAAAAGAAUGUCAUUUCUACUAUUUAAAGUACCUCAAAGAGGGUCUUCGUUAUAAACACAAAAUUCCAGAUAAACAUAGACGUAGAUGGGAUGAAGGCGACUGGACAGACGAUUCUGAUCAAAUGAUUUGCAUUAUGCAAUCUUUAUCGCAAAACAAUAUGAUUUCUGAAACUGAUAUUGCUAAAAAAAUUUUUAAUUGGUCUAGACAAGGAUUUCCACAGCUAAAGGAUACAGGUGGUCUAGGAUUGGGAAGAACAACUUAUCUAGUUUUAUUAGAAACAGACUAUCUUACGAAACCAGAGGAAAGCGCAAAGAGAGUUUGGAUUAACUUAAAUCAAAAUGCAGCACCAAAUGGCGGUGUAAUGCGAACUUCAAUUCUCGGAAUUUAUGAAUUUCAAGAUUUAUAUAAAGUUGCAGAGAACACAGUAAAAGUUUGCAGAGUUACUCAUUAUGAUCCUAGAUGUUCAGCUUCAUGUGUAGCAGUUACUAUUAUAAUUGCUAAAAUGCUUCAGAGAAUUGAAAACAAGAACCAGACUGAAUUUUCUGAUAACGAUAUUGAAGAGAUAUUAAAUGAAACCUAUGAAUUUACGGAUACUUUUGUAUUUCGUAACAAAGAGUAUAUAACUGAGAUAAGUUCAACAAAAUUGAAUCAAUUCAGACAAGAAUUCCAAAAGUACUUUUUUAUUGAAAAAUAUGGUCUAUCACAACUGCAUCUGGAUGAAUGCGAAUCAAUUGGUUACACAUUUAAAUGUAUGGCAUCCGGAAUUUGGGCAUUGAAACAAGAUGAUCCAGAGAAAGCAUUAACUGAUCUAAUAAUGGAAGGAGGUGAUGCUGACACAAAUGGAGCAGUUGCCGGAGCUCUACUUGGUUGUAGAUACGGUUUAAAUAGGUUUCCUUCUUAUUGGAAUACCGAAUUAGCCUCCGCGCCAAACGAAUUCUUAAAAGCAAAUAUAAAGAAGUUCUUAAAUACAUGCUUUUACAAGUGCAAUGUGAAGGAAGAAAGGCAAAUACUUGAAAGCACUAAGGUUUCACUCUAUCCGAAAACAACAGACAGAAUAACUGCAAUUGUCUAUGGUAACUGUAUUGGAGAUGCUUUAGGUUUACUUACAGAAUUUCUGAAUAAAAAAGAAUGUCAUUUCUACUAUUUAAAGUACCUCAAAGAGGGUCUUCGUUAUAAACACAAAAUUCCAGAUAAACAUAGACGUAGAUGGGAUCAAGGCGACUGGACAGACGAUUCCGAUCAAAUGAUUUGCAUUAUGCAAUCUUUAUCAGAAAAUAAACGGAUUUCUGAAACUGAUAUUGCUAAAAGAAUUUUUAAUUGGUCUAGACGAGGAUUUCCAGAGCUCAGUGAUAAUUGUGGUUUAGGACUGGGAAAAACAACUUUAGAUGUACUGUACGAUAAAUAUUUUCUUACGGAACCAAGUGAAAGCGCAAAGAGAGUUUGGAUUAACUCAAAUCAAAAUGCAGCACCAAAUGGCGGUGUGAUGCGAACUUCAAUUCUCGGAAUUUAUGAAUUUCAAGAUUUAAAUAAAGUUGCAGAGAACACAGUAAAAGUUUGCAGAGUUACUCAUUAUGAUCCUAGAUGUUCAGCUUCAUGUGUAGCAGUUACUAUUAUAAUUGCUAAAAUGCUUCAGAGAAUUGAAAACAAGAACCAGACUGAAUUUUCUGAUAACGAUAUUGAAGAGAUAUUAAAUGAAACCUAUGAAUUUACUUGUAAAUACAUAUUUGAAAAUGAAGAGUACACUGCUGACUUGAAGAGCGAUAAACUGGAUCAAUUCAAAGCGGACUUCAAGACUUACUUUUUUAUUAAGAAAGAUGGUUUGGAGGAAUUAAAGCUGGAUGAACCGGCUAAAAUUGGUUACACGUUUAAAUGUAUGGCAUCCGGAAUUUGGGCAUUGAAACAAGGCGAUCCAGAGAAAGCAUUAACUGAUCUAAUAAUGGAAGGAGGUGAUGCUGACACAAAUGGAGCAGUUGCCGGAGCUCUACUUGGUUGUAGAUACGGUUUAAAUAGGUUUCCUAAACACUGGAUAAGCGAACUAGCUCGUGGGCCAGUGAAUUUCUUGGAGAAAAAUCUAAACAUAUUUCUUGCUUCUAUUUUCACCAUUGCCGUUUAA